ACAGGGACUAUGAGCCUCCUCAAAAAUCGUCCUUCUGAUAUCCUCAUCUGCAGGCACGCACAAUCCCCUGGGCCCUGGCCUCCUCUAGCGGGACCAGUCUGAUUUGUUGAAUCAUCAGCAUCGGCUAGUCCCCGCCUCUGCGGAAAAGUCCUUGCCGUUCCCCGCUCUGUUUCCUUUCUCGGAUGAUAGUGGAGAGUGGAGAGUGGAGACAACCGACUGCUCAAAAGUUUCAGGUUUGGGACUCCGUUUCCCAGUUGACAUGAAAUGGAUCCAAACCAGAGAUCAGCUUCCAGGGCUUACCAGUUCCACCCUUCUAAACCCGCAAUUAUCGAUCUCUUCAACCUCUACUUAGGAAGAAGUACUCGACAGAAACCCGAAGAUUCAAAUCGAGAGCCUCCGAACAAAACCCAAAAGCGUGUAACUGCUCUUAACAGAGAGCUUCCCCCACCGAAUGAGCAAUUCCUUUUAGAUUUUGAGCAGCUUCAAAGUCAGUUUACAGACCAAGAGCAACUGCGUAAUUUGACGGAAUCUGUGCUUAUAUCUCUGGUUGUGCAGUGUAGUGGUCAUGCACCACGUGCUGAAUUUCUUCUCUUUGCAGUGCGGAGCUUGGGAAGUAUAGGUUACGUAAACUGGGAUACUUUUUUGCCAUCCCUCCUUUCUGCAGUUUCUUCUGCAGAUAUAUCAGCUGGUCAUGGGAACCAGGCAAUGGUUGCUGUUGCAUCUACGAGUUUAACGCAGUCUGGGAUGUUGUCAUCUUCAAACACAGUUCCGAAUUCGUCUAAUUUUCAGUCUUUGAAUCCCACAUCUCCAUUGUCUUCAGUUCAUGGCAUUGGGUCCCCUGCCCAAUCGGCAUCUGAACCAUCAUCAUGUGUGACUCUGUCACCAGUUAAGUCAUCUGAUGGUUCCUGCACUGCACAGCAGUCCACAACAAGGGUUACUUUGUCCAUAAGGGAUAAUGCAAUCAGCAGUCUGCGCCAGCUAUGUUGCAAGAUUAUUUUAACUGGUCUUGAUUAUAAUUUAAAGCCAGUGACUUAUGCUGAUAUUUUCUCCCACAUGCUGAACUGGCUGGUUAACUGGGAUCAAAAGCAGCAGGGUGUUGAUGACUCUGAUGGUGCAAAAGCCUGGAGGCCUGACAAGGCUUUAAUUGAAUGGCUACAUAGCUGUUUGGAUGUGAUAUGGCUGUUGGUUGAGGAGGAUAAAUGCCGUGUUCCCUUUUAUGAAUUAUUGCGCAGUGGCUUGCAGUUCAUAGAAAACAUACCUGAUGAUGAAGCCUUAUUUACACUAAUUUUGGAGAUUCAUAAGAGGCGAGAUAUGAUAGCUAUGCACAUGCAAAUGUUAGAUCAGCACCUUCAUUGCCCCACAUUUGGAACUCAUCGUUUUCUAUCUCAGACUACUCUUAAUAUGUCAGGUGAAGCAGUUGCAAACUUGAGAUAUUCACCAAUUACAUAUCCAAGUGUACUGGGAGAACCAUUACAUGGAGAGGAUCUGGCUACCUCUAUUCAAAGGGGUAGUUUGGACUGGGAGAGAGCUUUGCGUUGUAUAAGGCAUGCUCUUUGCACUACUCCAUCGCCGGACUGGUGGAAGCGUGUACUACUUAUGGCUCCAUGUUAUAGGCAUCCUCCUCAACCUCCCAUUCCCGGUGCUGUUUUUACUUCUGAAAUGAUUUGUGAGGCAACAAUUGAUAGAAUUGUUGAGCUAUUGAAGUUGACAAAUGCAGAGACAGACUGUUGGCAGGAGUGGCUCGUCUUUUCAGACAUGUUCUUUUUCCUUACGAAAAGUGGCUGCAUUGAUUUUGUUGAUUUCAUAGACAAGCUUGUUGCACGCCUUACAGAUGGUGAUAAUCAUAUUCUUCAGACGAAUCACGUGACUUGGCUGCUUGCACAGAUUAUUCGUAUUGAGCUUGUGAUGAAUGCCAUAAAUUCAGAUGCUAGAAAGGUGGAGACGACCAGGAAGAUUCUGUCAUUUCAUAGGGAAGGUAGAAGCUGUGAUCCCAAUAAUCCUCAAAAUAUUCUGCUCGAUUUCAUAAGCAGUUGUCAAAAUUUACGUAUUUGGUCUCUGAAUACAUCAACCAGAGAAUAUUUAAAUAAUGAGCUGCUUCAGAAAGGAAAGCAAAUAGAUGAAUGGUGGAAGCAAGGAACCAAAGGGGAACGGAUGAUGGAUUAUAUGGGUUUGGAUGAUAGAUCAAUUGGGAUGUUUUGGGUUGUUUCUUAUACCAUGGCACAACCUGCAUGUGAAAUGGUUAUGAAUUGGUUGUCUCCUCCUGGAGCGACAGAAUGGUUACCUGGUUCAAACAUGCAGUCUAAUGAGAGAUUAAUGGUGAUGCGUGAAACAAGCCCAUUGCCAAUAUCUUUAUUAUCCGGAUUUUCAAUCCACUUAUGCUUGAAAUUGGCAUAUCAAAUGGAAGAUUCUUUAUUCUCUGGACAGGUUGUGCCCAGCAUUGCAAUUGUUGAAACAUACACUAGAUUACUGCUGAUUGCACCUCAUUCUUUGUUUCGUUCACACUUCAAUCAUUUGUCACAAAGGAAUCCUACUAUAUUGAGCAAGCCUGGGACAACGCUAUUGGUGCUUGAAAUUUUGAACUACCGUUUGCUUCCACUCUACCGGUAUCAAGGAAAGUGCAAACCACUGAUGUAUGAUGUAACAAAAAUAAUUUCUGCACUGAAGAGUAAACGUGGAGAUCAUCGUGUGUUUAGAUUGGCUGAAAACUUGUGCAUGAAUCUGAUAUUGUCAUUGAGAGAUUUUUUUUCUGUGAAAAAAGAUGGGAAGGGUCCAACUGAAUUCACAGAAACUUUGAACCGUAUAACUAUAACUACCCUUGCUAUCAUUAUUAAAACACGUGGAAUUGCUGAGGCUGAGCACCUGCUUUAUCUUCAAACUAUGUUGGAACAAGUUAUGGCAACUAGUCAACAUACAUGGUCAGAAAAAACCCUGCGCUAUUUCCCUUCAAUUCUUCGUGAUGCUUUGAUCGGCCGGGUAGAUAAAAGGAGCCUUGCAAUUCAAGCCUGGCAGCAGGCUGAAACAACUGUGAUCAACCAAUGCACCCAGCUUCUUUCGCCAUCUGCUGAUCCUACUUAUGUUAUGACGUACAUCAGUCAUAGUUUUCCUCAACAUCGGCAAUAUUUAUCUGCUGGUGCAUGGAUACUUAUGCAUGGGCAUCCUGAAAACAUCAAUAGUGCUAACCUUGCACGUGUCUUGAGAGAAUUUUCCCCUGAAGAAGUAACAGCAAAUAUUUAUACCAUGGUCGAUGUUUUUCUUCAUCACAUUAAUAUAGAACUUCAGCGUGGACAUUCCUUACAGGAUCUUUUACUGAAAGCUUGUGCAAACCUUGCAUUUCUUGUUUGGACCCACGAACUCCUUCCAUUGGAUAUUUUGCUUUUGGCACUUAUUGACCGUGAUGAUGAUCCCCAUGCUCUGCAUAUUGUGAUUAGUCUACUUGACAGGCAAGAACUUCAACAAAGAAUUAAAAUGUUCUGUAUGAAUCGUGGGCCUUCUGAGCAUUGGCUUUACACUGGAGUCUUCAAGCGUGUUGAGCUACAGAAAGCUCUUGGGAAUUAUCUAUCUUGGAAGGACAGGUCUCCGACGUUCUUUGAUGAUAUUGCUGCACGUUUGCUUCCAGUCAUCCCAUUGAUCAUUUACAGACUUAUUGAAAAUGAUGCCAUAGAUCCAGCUGAGAGAGUGCUAGUUUUGUAUUCCCAGUUUAUGGCUUACUACCCUUUAAGAUUCACAUUUGUUCGUGAUAUACUUGCAUACUUCUAUGGUCAUCUUCCAGGAAAGCUCAUCUUCCGAAUACUGAGUGUACUUGAUCUCAACAAGAUACCAUUUUCUGAGUCAUUCCCGCAGCACAUUAGUUCUUCAAACACUGUUAUGUGUCCACCUCUGGACUAUUUUGCAACUCUUCUAUUGGGUCUGGUGAAUAACGUUAUACCUCCUCUGAGUUGCAAUUCAAAAGCUGGUGAUGUUUUAAAUAAUUUAAUGCGUGUUCCACACAACAAGACUCCAGGGACAACUCAGUCCGGACCAACGAAUACUCCUGAGGGUCAGAAAGCAUUUUAUCAGGUCCAAGACCCGGGCACGUAUACUCAGCUGAUUCUUGAAACGGCUGUGAUAGAAAUACUUUCUCUUCCUGUAGCUGCAUCUCAGAUUGUAUCAUCGCUUAUUCAAAUUGUUGUUCUUAUACAACCAACCCUAAUUCAAUCCAGCAAUGGUCUGCAUGGAUCUGCAAGUGGGGUUGGGCAAAGUUCUGUCUUACCAACUUCCCCUUCAGGAGGAAGCACAGAUUCCUUGGGUGCAAGCAGAUCUACACCUUCAGUCUCUGGAAUAAACACUUCAAACUUUGUUUCCCGUAGUGGCUAUUCAUGCCAACAAUUAUCUUGCUUGUUGAUCCAAGCUUGUGGUCUUUUGUUGGCUCAGCUCCCUCCUGAUUUUCAUGUUCAACUCUACAUUGAGGCAUCGCGUCUGAUAAAAGAGAGUUGGUGGCUCACUGAUGGGAAGAGAACAUUGACAGAACAAGAAUGUGCUGUUGGCUAUGUUUUGUUGGAUCCAUCAUGGGCUGCUCAAGACAAUACCUCAACAGCCAUUGGCAAUAUAAUCGCCCUGCUUCAUUCUUUCUUCAGUAACCUUCCUCAAGAAUGGCUGGAAGGGGCUCAUGUCAUCAUUAAGCAUCUCAGGCCAGUAACAUCUGUUGCAAUGUUGAGAAUAGCUUUCCGUAUAAUGGGUCCACUUCUCCCAAGGCUCGCCAAUGCUCACACACUUUUCAAUAAGACCCUGUCACUGCUUCUAAAUACAAUGUCGGAUGUCUUUGGGAGGAACUCACAAUCAUCAACUCCAGUUCAAGCAUCAGAUAUUGCAGAUCUCAUUGACUUCUUACAUCAUGUCGUACAUUAUGAGGGGCAGGGUGGGCCUGUGCAGGCUAACAGCAAGCCUCGGGCUGAAGUUCUGGCCCUGUGUGGAAGAGCUUUAGAAAAUUUGCGCCCUGAUGUCCAGCACCUCCUUUCUCACUUAAAAUCUGAUACUAGUACUUCCAUAUAUGCUGCUACUCAUCCAAAGCUUGUCCAGAAUCCACCAUAACUGGAUUCAUUCCUAUUUAGCUGCUCAGAAUAUGGACAUGGCACGCUGCCCUUUGCGUUAAGUUCCUCAUGAUAAAAGUGAUGUACAUAUUGGUUUCCCAGAUGAUGAAUCGAACUGUUUACCCAUUUGAGUUACUGCAGUGAAUUCGCUCCUCCGAACUGCCGUUCAGGUGGGGAUUUUGGGGUUUGGAAUCAUGCGGCUCACUCAAUCAGCCAUGUCUAGCCUAUCGGUACCGAUUGCUGGAGAUGUGUAUCCGAUUUUUCUGGGCGCCCAUGAAAAUUAGUAGGGAACUGGCCAUUCUUGACGAAAAACAUCUUAAAAUAUGUGGAGCUGUUUGCUUCUUGGUAAAGUGGAUGUAAUAUUGUAAUUCACUGGCUAACAAAAUGAACAGUGCUACGAUAUGGGAUCUCAUGUGCUCUCUCUCUCUCUCUCAAAUACUUAAAUCAUCGAGUUAGAAGUUUAUCAUCUCUAACUGUAAUUAAAUUUGGGCUUCACUUUAUAGCUUGGAUUCCAAUUAAAAUGGUUAACAUUUUAUUCUAUUUAAAAUUUUUAAAAA